AAAGUCGUCAUCUGCGCUCAGAAGUAUCCUGUUCAGCGUCAGGGUAUUUUGUCACAGCGACCCGUCCUUGCUGCUGCCCAGACCCAUUUCGACCACCAUCAACCCUGCCCGGACCCACCCGCUCAUCCUGGAGCCGGAGCCAUAAUGAGCACCCGCAUGAAAGGGGUUACCCUCGAGCGCCCGCUCGUUUACGGCACCCAGGCCACGCUGAUCAACCGCAAGGAAACCCCAGAUGCACCCGAGGACCAUACCCAUCGGUGGACGGUCUUUGUCCGGGGGCCCUACGGCGAGGACAUUUCGACGUUUGUGAAGAAAGUCCAGUUCAAGCUGCACGAGAGCUUUGAUCCGCCAGUCCGGUCUCUCGAAUCGCCUCCCUUCGAGAUCACCGAGACCGGCUGGGGUGAGUUUGAGAUCGCCAUCAAGAUCUUCUUCCACGACGCAACCGAGAAGCCAGAAAAGCCCAUCACCUUCUUCCACCCGCUCCAGCUCUACCACAAGGAUGAAACGGCCGGACCCAAGAAACCUGUGAUUGUCGAGAACUUUGAAGUGAUUGUCAUCCAGGACCCACUCGAGGAGACGUUUGAGGUCCUGAGCAAGAGCGGCCAGGGCAUUUUCAAGAAAGGCUCAGCCAGCUUCACGCCCGAGAUGGAAAAGAUCGAGCUGCGCAAGAUUGCCGAGGCGAACGACAAGAUCGAAAUGGAGAUCGAAAACUACCAGAUCCUCUUGAAGAAGGUCGAGGAAGACAUGAAGGCCCUUCAAGGCGAAUCCAAGAGCCCAGAGAUCAAGUCAUGAGCGCGGCCCAUAGUCGCCGCCUCUCAUUCCACAACCCCCAUUUCAUAAUCUCGGCAUCGAGACAAUGGUCACACCCGCUCGCUGGGCAGUGUGGGAGCACGAGUGCUAUCCUCCGAGCCAGCGACCGACUCGACGGAGCGUCGGGCUGAG